AUGCGUCACUUUGAGUACAAGAAGCUCAAGAAUGAUUCAAACUUUUACAUGCAUCAUCGACAUAUUAAAGCUUCCAUUGAUUGUCGUAGGGAUGAAAAUCAUGAUGAUGAUCUCAAUCAGAUUCCUCUGUAUGAAUCCUACCAUCCUAGUGUAUUGAUCAUUGAAGGGUUGAAGUCUGCAAAUCUAGAUUCCAAGUGUCCAUUUUGCAGAGUUGAGUGUACGCUAAAUCAAUAUGCAUGUCGGAACUAG